AAUUUGACAGAUAAAUGAAUAACCACCAAAAGAUUGCGUUUCUAAAAUUGGUAUUUUGCCUCGUAUUUAUUGAAAUAAGUUACUAAAACCAUGAAAUUCAUAUAAUUACGUUUCCAUUUCAAACAAUUAUUUUUAUGGAAGAAAUAGGAUCAUGGCUCAAAAAACCAUAAUGUGUUUCUUCUCCUCUGCUCCAAAGAAACCUGUUAAAUUAGAACAGGAAGUUAUACAUGAUGAGGAGACAGACUCUAAUAGUGAUCAAACAUCACCACCGUCUAAUGGAAAGGAAAAGAGGUCCUCCAAAAGACAACGGCUAGAGAGUAACAGCAGUGGCUCGGCAAGUGAAGAGGCUUCACCUCCUUCUGAUAAGAGAAGGAAAUCAAAAAGGCUAAGGAUUGAGAGCUCUGGCAGUGAGACAGGACCAUCUCCGAAGUCCUCACCGAUGAAAGUAGAAAAGAGUGCUGGACCACCAAAAACAUACAACUCUCCUAAAAGCAAAAAGCCAAAAGCCAAAGUGGACUUAUCACCGUUACAGAAGAAGGAAACUAACAAACGGAAAAGUUCUCCGACAUCUGAACUCAAGGUUAAAGAAGAGGUGACUUCCCCAACUGUCAAAAGUGAAAAAGAAAUUAAAAAGGAGGAGAGUGUUAGCCCUGAUUGUAAGAAGGAGGAAAGUGUAAGUCCAGUUAGUAAGACAGAAAGUACAGACAAUGAGAAAAAGGAGGAUAAAGUAGUUCCAGAAACAGAAUACAACCCGGCCAAGUCCAAGUACCACCCGAUCAAGGACGCGUGCUGGUCGCGCGGCCAGGAGGUGCCGUAUCUGGCACUGGCGCGGACACUCGAGGCCAUUGAGGGCACGUCGGCGCGGCUGAAGAUGGUGGAGAUCCUCAGCAACUUCUUUCGCUCGCUGCUGGCGCUGUCACCCGAAGACCUGCUGCCGUGUGUCUACCUGUGCCUCAACCAGCUCGCACCGGCAUAUCACAGCUUGGAGCUAGGCAUAGCAGAAACAUACCUAAUGAAGGCCGUAGCGCAGUGCACAGGCCGCUCGCUGGCCCAAAUCAAGAGCGCAGCGCAGAAGUGCGGCGACCUGGGCUCGGCUGCGCAGAGCGCGCGCGCGACGCAACGCACCAUGUUCGCGCCGCCGCCGCUGCGGUGCCGCCGCGUGCUGCGCGCGUUGAAGGACGUGGCUGAGCUUACUGGUCACGCCUCAGUGAACAAGAAAAUCGCCAAAAUACAGUCGCUGUUCACAGCUUGCAGACAUUGCGAAGCCAAGUAUUUGAUUAGUGAGAAUCUAAAGGAUAUACCCAUAACUAUCAAAACACCGGACUCUCUUAAUGCCGCGGUCAAAAUGCUCAAUAAUGGCAUAAUCAAUGCCUACGAACGAAGCUGCCCCGAAAAAGAAGUAAAAUCUAACAAAUCACCAAUGUGGUGGAACAAGAAGCUAGAAAAGCUCAGAGCCAUCACACGUCGUAUAUUCAACCGUGCCAAACCGUGCGACUGGGACAACAAGGUCAACCAAGUGACAACAAUACAGAAACUGAGCAGCCUACAACGGCUAGCCUGCAUCACAGCAACCGGAGCACUAUCAACGACACCAGGGGCUGCAUUAAAUGCUCUGCUGGAUCUUAUACCACUGCAUAUGCAUGUGCAAAAAGAAGCCAAGCAGAGCACAUAUAGAAUCUGCACCCGCACGAAAGUCAGAUGGGCUUCUCAAAAUCUGAUAAGACUCAAGGAAUCAGUACUUGAAAACAAACUUCUGUGCAUGCCCAGUGACGACAUGCAUACGGAAUGUAACUUCACCAAACUAUAUUCCGUAAACAUACCUCCUAGAGACAAAUGGCUAGAAGGCCAAAUGUCAUUUAAGGAAGGUAGUCACGUCUGGUACACGGACGGAUCCAAAAAGGAAAAUAAUGUAGGUUGCGGGAUCUACGGAGAGAGGCCUAAGCUCAAAGUUAGCCUAAACAUGGGGACUGAAGCCUCAAUCUUCCAAGCCGAGGUCUUUGCCAUAAACAAAUGUGCAGAGAUAAACUUGGAAAGGAAGCUCCAGGAUCAACACAUCUACAUCAACUCAGACAGCCAAGCAGCACUGCUGGCCUUAACAUCCUUCGAAUACACGUCAAAAUUGGUGCAAACAUGCACCGAGACACUGAAUGCACUGGGAAAUACCAACAAAGUAACGCUUACAUGGGCGUAG